AUGGCCACACUGUUGAAAGGUGCGGCCUUAAUUUCCGGUGCUGCAAAUGGAAUUGGCCGGCACACUGCAAUUGCCUUCGCUAGGCAUGGAGUCAAGCGGCUUGCGAUGGCGGAUAUCGACAAGGGCCUACUUACAACGACAUACCAGGAUGUAAAGAAGAUGUUCCCCCAUGUUGAGAUUGUGCCUAUCCAGAUGGAUGUAAGGGACCAGGAGCAAGUGCGCAGAGGAAUCGCCGAAACUGUCAGUGCAUUCGGCAGACUGGAUAUCGCCGUCAACAAUGCUGGUAUAGGGGGUUCCGGGAAGCUCACACAUGAAGCGGAAUAUGAAGAUAUCGAGAGGGUGUUGGAUGUGAAUCUUCAUGGUGUGUAUCGGUGCCAGAAGGAAGAGCUGGCGGUUAUGAUCAAACAAGAAGACCAUGGGCCGAGAGAAGGCCGCGGGAGCAUCAUUAAUGUAACCUCUAUUUACGGCUUUGUUGCGCCAAAUCCCUGGAUCGCCCAAACGGCCUACACAGCAGCCAAGCAUGGCGUCAUUGGCCUAACGAAAGGAGAUGCAAACGCGUAUGCUCAAUACAACAUACGCAUCAAUGCCAUUGCGCCGGGCUACAUUGGCACGCCUCUCGAUGCCUCAUCAGUAGAGACAACUAAUCCAUAUGCGCCCUUGAUUCAAGACCUUGGUCGGACACCUCUACAAAGAAUAGGCCUGCAAGAAGAAUGCGCAGAUGCUAUUGUUCUGAUGGCUUCGCCAAUGAAUAGUUACAUGCAGGGCGCUGUGCAGGUGGUUGAUGGAGGCUUUACAUCAAAUUAA